CUUCCUUGCACGGCUGGGAGAAAACAUAUAAAUCACUCGCUUUCUCAGCAUGAACCAUUCCAAGAGAGGACAAUUGUUCCUUAAGAUGCCACAACACAAUCGCGUCCCAAGUCGGUCCCUUUAAAUGUCGCCUAGCUCGGAUUUUUUUUAAAAAUACAGAACAUCCAGGAUCUUCCUCGUUACAGAGCCGCCUCCUGUGCAAAACUAUUGGCAGAAGAAGACACGAAUGGGAGGUGCUAUUGAGGAAGAGAGGCCAGUUGCAAUGCAGGGGCUGUGCAAUUGACAUUCCUGAUCCAGCCAAUGAGUGGUGCCAGAGGUGGAACAUAUUAAAGCCCGGAGUUCUGGUAUAAAGCGAACUGGAAACGGACAGCCAGAGACAGAAAACAUCGCCUGGACAGUUAAGUGGAUCAGAAGCUGGAAAAGUGCAGCCGAUUUCUUCUCCCUUCCCUCCCCCAAACCACCGCUGCAUUUUAUGAAGCGCAUCUCAGAGGCAGGAGAAAGUGUGAAAGGUUCCGAGAUGAAGGCUGUCAGCCCCAUUCGAUCGUCCAGGAAACAAAGCGGCAGCGACGUUGUGCGGGGGCUCUCAGAGCAGAGUCUUGGCAUUUCCAGAAGCAAAACGCCGGUGGAGGAGCCUCUCGGCCUCCUCUACAACAUGAACGACUGUUACUCGAAACUGAAGGAGCUUGUCCCCAGCAUCCCGCAGAACAAGAAAGUGAGCAAAAUUGAAAUCCUACAGCAUGUUAUCGACUACAUCCUGGAUUUGCAGAUCGCCUUGGACACGCACCCUUCCAUCGUUCUGCACCAGGGCCAGAAUUCUCCCUCCAGGACGCCUCUGUCAACACUCAAUACAGACGUUGCAAUUCUAUCCUUACAGGCAGCUGAAUUCCCAAAACAGUUGUUGACAGAAGACAGUAAGGCAUUUUGUCGUUGAUGGACUGGUGUUCCUACAUCACGAGGCCUGAGUUGAUCCAGUCCCAGGAGCGAUUGCAGACAAGACAAUCCGAGAGAACAAGCUUUGACUUUCUGUCUGUCCCUCCAACUGCUUUUAUUUUCCAUCCGGACUGAUCGGUUAUUUAUAAACGGACUGAAUGCCCUUUCUUCAUUUGGAAGGCAGUUGUUGUCUUUCUAGUUUGAUUGUUAAUAAUAUACCAGAAGAGGGAAGCGCAAGUAUUUAAAAAAAACAAAACGCAAGGAAAAAUCACGUUGUGGAGGAAGACUUUGCCUUCUGAAGGUGGAGCGUGGCCGAAGAAAAAUCAUGUUGUUGAUUUUUUUUAUUAAUGUCAGAAACGUUAUAUUCUGACAAAGGAAUGGCGCUGAGUUUGUGAUAGACAACUUUGUGAACUCUGCUAAUCAGAGUUGUGUCAUAGUUGCAGAAAUACACUUCUGCCACGUUGUAAUGCUGUAUCUAAUUAUGCUGAAACUUUUUAUAAAAGUUAAUAUUGUAAAUCAUACUUUUUUAUACAAAAUAAAUGGUCGCUUACUGAA